GAAGGCCACGCCUUUGUUCUACCUUACGGGGUGGGGUUAUCACACUAUUUUACCGUAAAUAAUCGGUUGGAUACCUAUUGAACUGCUGAUACGAGACGAGAACGGAAGUGAACAUUCUUUAUUCGCAGUAACUGCUCUGUUUGCUCGCAUUCCACAGCUACAGGUCUGGACUGGAACAGAUACUCUCAUAAGCCAAGGGUUUAUUCAUUGCAUUCCUCGUUGGCAGGUGCUGAUUGUAAUUCCUUCUUUAUAAACUGAGGUCUAGUGAAGCAAGCCUCCCUGAUAUAUACCUGUACUGGACAGUUAGAGACUGAGUUUACAAACAGUGGUACCUGUGCAGACUGAAGGAAAGGACUGUGCUUCUUCUGCCAAAGUCCAUCUAUAAUUGUACCUUUUGUGGGCGAAGCCAGUAAAUAAUCGUCCCACUACUUAGGGACAGGACUAGACAAUAAGUAAAGAAGGGCAGCAGCAUCCUUGUUUUAAUUGUCAUCAUCGCUUAUUGCAGGAUGAUGAGGCCACUCGACAGCUGUAUUUUGUGGAAUAGCGCCUGCACAUUUCUGAUGUUACUGGGAUUUAAUUCCAUGAACGUUGCCUAUAGUGGAACAGCAGCACCAUUAUGUGGGCCAGUGGAGAAUGCCAGUGGAUGCCAGGAUCCAGAUUCUGCAGAGUUACCCCAUAUGGCAGAAGUGAGAAUAAGAAACUGCAGCCAAAACAUGGAAAACUACUGUUUAUAUGGAACAUGUAUAUUUUUUGAGGACUUACAGGAACACCAUUGUCGGUGUGAAGUGGGUUACACUGGAAGCCGUUGUAUGCAUAUGGAGCUUGUUGUCCAACCCAUGAGUGAGAAAUUUGUGGCGCUAACUGUUGUUCUAACAGUUUUAUUUGUAACUGGUGUGUCAGUAGCAAUCUACUUCAUUCAUACUUGGUACAAAAAGAACAGACGUGAACAGAAAGAAAAGAAAUAUGCUGGACUUCCUACUUCUAUUGUAUGAAAGCAGAUAUAAUUUUUAUGAGAUAUUACACAUUUCCCUAAGAUUCAAGCAUUCAUCCAGAGUUUAAGCUACUUAGCAGUCUGUACCUUGAAACUACAUCUGCCAAAUAAAGACAGGAAUUUCCGAGGUGAUCCUUAAACCUGGUGUGUGAAUACCAAUUUAUAAACCUGCAGGCAAGGGACCCUAUCUCAGAUUACUAGUGGUAGCAGCAUUACUCUGGUAGUAAACCAAUUCUGAGCUUUAGAAGCUGAGUUUGUGAAAUUAAUUGUGACAAUCAUUUAUUUACAGAGCACUGUCUACUGCUUCUUCGCUGUUACACUCUUAGUCACUGAGCAGUAUGCAAAGUAGUGGUGCUGUGUCAUAAAUCUAGUGCUUGGAUACUUGGUCUUUUUACUGGAAAUGUACCAUUGUAGAAAAUCUGUAUAGACCUAGCAGCAAUUAUUAACCAAAGUAUGACCCUCCUCCCUCACAUGCUCUGGAUGAGCUAUUAAUGUGCAUUUUCAAGCACCUCUUUGACCCUAACUACUGUUAAAGGUUUUGCAGGACUGAUUAUAUCAGCUCCCCAUAUUUCCUUAAUAUAGUACUAGAAAAUGGAUAUAUGCAAUUGUCAUGUUAUUUAACAGAAACUAUUUUACAUACUCUAAAAUAUAUUUAAUGUCUGUUUUUUCUAAAUUAUAUUUUGCUGUUUAACAUUUAUCUACAGUUACUGAACUGUGUGGGCAAAAAAAAAUGCUUUCACAAAUAUACUGACUACCGUCUUAGUUUGAAUUAUACUGAGACACUGCAUUCUGAUGUGUAAAUAGAGUGCCAUUAUGCUGUGGAAGCAAAAUGAAGUUAAUAUUGUGCAAAUGCUCAGUUUCAUGAGUUUAGAGUCGGACUGCUAACCUGAUGAUUGUAAGCUAUGCUGUGAGUGUAUGCCAUUAUAUGUAUUUAAAAGAGUGGUGAUAAAAGAAACCAUGCACACUGUAAUCUUAAAUGCUAGUUGGUGUAACAGUUUAAUUUGACAAAUGAUACCAAUUUCCUCAGCAGACAGAUUCAGAGGCAGCCAUCAUUCCAAAUUGUAAAUGUUUUUAACCUAUGACAGUUUGUAUAGGUAUCCAGCAUCUGGGAGAUCUCUGUCUCAUAUAUGUAAAACACUGCCAUUUAUAUACUGUGCAUUUAGUUGCAUUAUUAUGUAAUCUGGGACUGAGCCUGUAAUUUGUAAUUGUUUAAUCAGUGUUCUAUCCCGGUACGUAAGUAAAUACAUAAGUACAUGUAUGUAUAUACACAUACAUACAUAUAAGCAUACUUUUUGCACUAAAGUCUGAGGUGCAUAGCCAGUAUCAUUUUUAUCUGUUUUGUUCUUAUGUUUUGGAAAAAGUUCAGUAUAGUUAGAUUUGUUAAAAUCAUACUUUUACUGAUUUAUAUUUAUGUUUUAUAAAAUUCUAAUGCAAUUCUGUCCUCUGUAGAGAGCCAACAUUGCUCUAAAGAGAAAAUGACUGAGGAGUAGACAUUAAUAAUGGUUACAAGUUUGUUUUGAAGGUGCAGUGUUUUUAAUGUAAACGGCUGUGCAUAGUGAAUAAAAAAUGUUGAUUUUUGCUA